AUGCUGGAGGACCCCUCAUACGCCGAAAUCGUGCGCUGGGGGGAUGAAGGGGAUAGUUUUGUGGUCUUGGAGUGCGAGAAAUUCACCAAGACCAUCCUUCCCAAACACUUCAAACACAGCAAUUUCGCCAGUUUCGUGCGACAGUUGAAUAAAUACGAUUUCCACAAAGUGAGACAGAAUAACGAGGAGAACGGGCAAUCGCCGUACGGGCAGAAUGCGUGGGAGUUUAAACACCCCGAGUUUCGGGCCAACAGCAAGGAAUCGCUCGAUAACAUUCGACGGAAAGCGCCAGCCCCUCGCAAACAGGCCCAGAGCAACGACGACGGGCUUCCGACGCAGCAGAUCGAUCUCCUGAACCAACAAAUUGUGGCGCAACAACAACAGAUCCAGCACCUUUCCGAUCGCUACGCGCAGUUGACGGUGGAUCACCAGUUGAUGUUACAGGAGCUGAUGAGAGUGCAGAAGACGGUAUUGAACCAUGAAAAUGUGAUCCACCAGGUUAUGACCUACCUCCUCUCGGUGGAUCGUCAAAGGCGCGACAGCAAAGGGUCCGCACCGUUCCCGGCCCAGGGCCAGCCCAGUUCGACCAUGAGCCCUUCCCAGGUGGCGUCGAUGGACGACGAGCCCUCGUCCCCCUUGCAGCAUGCCUCAAAGCUCCUCAACGAUAUGAAUGCCGAAAUCCAAUUCAAUCUCACCGGUCUCGAUUCCGCGGGCGAGCCGCCCAAAACCGCUCCGAUCGUAACCACCCCUUCCCUCGAAAACGCCCCGCGAAACGGCGUGGUGCGUCCGCCGACCGCGCCGGGGGCCAACCCCGCCUUGGUAUAUCCCAAGAUGAACGGCGAGAUCGACCAGGUGGUUUAUCCUGUCGGCGCGACAAACGGAAUCGAUCCCAUGUACAGCGACCAUGUGAACAACGUUCCCUACCCGAUGCCUCCCAAACAGGAAGUCGACGAAAGCCGACGGCAGUUUCCCGACAACCGAAAAAAGAGUACGAAUGUCGACCCCGGCUGGAUGCGCCCCCCACAGAUCUUGCUUGUGGAGGACGAUGCUACGUGCCGCCAAAUCGGUGGGAAAUUCCUUUACUCAUUCCAGUGUGUCAUUGAUACCGCGUUUGAUGGGCUCGAGGCUGUAAACAAGAUCCAGGACGGCUCCAAAUAUGAUCUUAUCCUGAUGGAUAUUAUCAUGCCAAACUUGGACGGCGUCUCCGCUUGCCAUCUAAUCCGCCAAUUUGACCGAACUCCCAUCAUUGCCAUGACUUCCAACAUCCGAAGUGAUGACAUUCAGCUAUAUUUCCAACACGGCAUGGACGAUGUAUUGCCCAAGCCCUUCACACGAAAGAGCCUCCUCGACAUGCUAGAGAAGCACCUAGUUCACUUGAAGACCAUGCCGCAAGGCAUAGAGGCUCCGCAACCCGCUCCGGCAGCGGUCACCAUGGCCGCUCAAAGCUCGGCGGGUCAGUCGGUUAAGGAGGACAGCUCCCCGGGCCAGUCACCCGCCGCGUCGAUGAGCAACUGGCAAUCACCCGGCCAGUUCCAGGGCAUGCCCGCAGUUCAUCCGAACCUUCAGCAGGUUCCCGGUCAAUAUGUUCCUGCAACUCCCGCCCCUGCUGCAUACGCCGUGGACCAAAACGGAGUCCAGUAUCCCACUGCAGCCCCCGUCGCGAUCCCUGCAGCACCGGCUGCAGUACCGGCAGCACGACCCCCACCGCGACGGCCGGUCUCGGAUAUGGCUGGCGUGGCCGAGAGUCCCAAUAUGACCAAACGUCCGCGUGUUUACGCACACCCACCCCAGUCGAUGGUCAACCCCGUGCAGGCGACGCGGACUGGCUAA